AUGCUUGGAGCUUAUACCUAUAUCUCUUCGGAUCCGGGACAGCUUGAUGCAUUGCGGGACGAGGUGGUGCGCAGUCGAGAGACAACUCAUGAAGAUGUGGCACGAGUUUUCGCAAGCCAGAAAUACGAUCGGGAUACGUUCGACCUGUACUUUGGAGGUCUGGAUUGGGAUACUCUCAUCGAGAAGUACCACGACACUUCAACCACUGUCGAAGCUAGACCAGCUUCCAUCGUUGCACUUUUGGAGACUGCCAUUACCAAUCAACUUGUUACGGUGGUCAGAGCUCAUGCAACCGGACAAGCCAUGGCCAAAUGGCACGAUCCAGAAUAUUCUGAUUCGGAGGAGAAGAAGAGGGUUGUUUGUGCAUACGGGCUGGAUCAUCGGGAUGAUGAAGGUGCUUUGAAAGUCUUACUUUGGCAAACACAAGGCGACAGUACCGUACCUAUCUUAUCUGAAUACGGCAAAGAAAUGCUUGCUAUCGAUAUCACUCGAAGGGUCCAAGAUACAAUUUAUGACGGAAGAUCGUCCGAGCAAGUCAUAAGUCGCCUACCAUCGGAAGCUACAGAGAUGCUUCCUGAAAAGGCACGAUCGCAUGCAGAGAAAGCUUGGAGAUUGCGAUCACUCGCUUACGAUUCUCGAUUUUCCGGACCAGACCCAAUGAGUCCACUGGUCCUAGACGAAAUGAUGAGAGUGCAAGAAUACAAGCACUGGGAUAAAUGUCGAGAAGGAAUUCCCAUCACCUCCGACGAACCGAGCCACGGAACAUCAUCCAAGGUCAAUGCCCAGCUUCCUGCUUAUGAUCCUGGUGACUCCAGCUUUGUGAGAUCUGACGAGGAGCUACCUACGUAUGCUGAGAUAGAGCAAGCUCUGUCUCGGUUCACACCCACGGAUAUGGACAAAAAGAGAAUAUACGAGAUGAGAAAGCAGUAUGGUGGAAAGAGUAGUGUUUCCGAAGGUUAUCUCCAUAGCCCUCCCACUCACCGAGAACUCUCUGCGCUCGAUCUUACGAUGACCGAGGCAAUGCCAAGUGCUAGUACCCCAGCAAGUGAGAACGGUGGCUCAACCGGCAGAUCACAACGCAAACAUUCGAAAAACUGGGAAAAGUUUUCCAAAAUUUGGAAAAGUUGCUUCGGAUCGAUCGAAGAUACGGCUUAG